AUGGUCAGCAUUUCAGUUGGUGGCCUCCAUGGAGGUCUUCAGCAUUUCCUCACCUUAAUGAUAUUUAUGGUUUCAUUAUAUUCGAUUGUAAUUCAAGCUUCGGAUACCUGGCAACGUUUGCCCUCUUUGGAAACCUUUUCUAGCUAUGAGGAUAUGCAACGCUAUUUUGAUCAGCGUAAAUUGCGUAGUAUGCGUCACAUUGAUAAUCCCACAGAUGAUACCUAUCUGAAUGCUUUCAAUCAAUAUAAUGAGCAGCAUAUCAAUGAGAAUCAUUCACGUCCCAAGCGAGAAGAACGCAAGUUGCCAACUGCACCACGAAUGUUACGUUUUGAGCUCUCCGAUGCAGUAGAACCAAGUGCCGAAGUGAAACAAAUGAUUAGGAUUCAUCAUGAGCGAGCUUUGAAGAAUAAUGCUACUCCACAGCCAACUACAGUGAAACCUCUGAUUGUAAAUACCACGCAGGCUACAAAAAGUGGUAGAAUGCGAAAACCACGUCGCUCUAGACGUUCCACCAACAAUGGUUCACUACGUCAGCCAGCCAAUUUUAAAGUGCAAAUGAUUCCAUUUGAGGCCACUGAUGCCAGAGAACCCGAUGCUAUAACCGCUCAAUUGAUUAAACAGGCUAGAGCUUUGGAUUUAAGUAAAAGUCCACCUUCUCAGACAGCUCCAGUGGAAGUAGAUAUCAAGAAGCCACGAAAAUCGGGAGUUCAAGUGCGCAUACGUAAAACAAAGCGUAGUAAACGUUCGACACCGCCGCAAAUGUUCAAAUUCGAACUAGCCGAUGCUAAGGAUGGCCUACAUAUGCCUCAGCAAGAACGUAAGGGUAAAGAGUUGCCCACUCUACUGACCAUGGAGACUCAAAUGAGGGGAAAUCAAACUCAAAUGGCAACCACACCAGCGCCUCGCCUGGAUGAUAAUGUCAUCCACACUGGCGAGUCCUCAUCUGCGGAAUCGAAACGUAUUUAUGUCUAUAAAGAAGUUCCAACUAAGACAAAAAAGUCCAUAACUGCCCUGCCCCACGAAGUGCAAAAGGUAAUUAGUCAUUUGAUGUUAAAAGAUGGCGGUCAUGGGGGAGGAAAGGCCUAUAUCAAGUAUUUACCUGCCCAGAAAAAUGAUUACGAGCACUUUAAGAAGUCGAUUCCAUCGUAUAGCCUAAAGCCCACAACGUAUGUGAAAUAUUUGCCCGUUAAGUCCUCAGUGGAGCCGGCACAUCAGGUUCAGGUGCAUAUACAGCCUGUGCCCGUGGUGGAGCAGUUGCGUUAUGUCUACAAGCCAAAUUAUGCCAAGAUUUAUGCGGCUCCAACUCCCACGAUAGCUCAACCCAUUGUGGUGUCAGAGGCAGCACCAGCGCCGACUACAAUCACCGAGGAAGUGCAUCACACCUAUACAGCGGAUCUAACUGCACCAGCACCACCUCCGCUGCCACCUCCAAGUGAUAUAAUUACUCCACAAUUUCGCCCCUCUAAGCCGGAUCCACUGCAGAACGAUCAAUAUGGCUUACCAGUUGCCUCACCGCUAAUCAAGAUUGAAUAUCAUGCUCCAGCCGAUAGCCUGAAUGAGCAUUAUAAGCAGUUACCCGAAUUUCAGCAGUUGUCCUCGCUAAUUGGCAAGUCACCCGAUGAUCAAAUCCAUGGUCUAACCUAUUUGCUGGCCAAAGAAAUGCAAACCAAACUCCAGCGACAGGGUAAACAAUUGCUGGUGGAUCGGCCACAAGAUAGCACUGCACCCAUUCUCUUCCAUCCAUCGCAAGUGGCUGCACCUGCUCCGACUCCACCGGUAGUUCAUGGCUCCUUGGGCGUUCAGCCAGGACGACUUAUUGGCAUGGCCAAGACCAAGCAAUAUGUGCCAAUUAUUGAGCCAGGCAACAAUGAUGUCAAGGAGCUGCCUGCAAUUGCAGCUAAGCAAUUGCCCACGCCCAGUUCUUUCAUUGAUUUCAUACCCGGUCAUGGACUCUCGCAUGGCUAUGAAGGUGUCAAGAACGAGGACGAAGUUCAACCUCUGACCACUAAAGUAGAGCAUGUGGUGGUACAUCAUCAUCAUCUUGCCCCUGAGCCCCAUGAGCAAUUGGCCACUGCAUUGCCAGCACAUUUGGGUGAAAGCGAGAAAAAUGCUCUGCAUUAUGUUAGCACCAGCCACGAGGAUAAAUCGCUACAGCAGUACGCCUCAAAGUAUGCUUUUGGUUAUCGCAUACGUGAUUUUCAUACUGGCAACGAUUUUGGACAUAAGCAAAAUCGUGAUUUGCAUGGCGUGACACGCGGUCAAUAUCACAUACUAUUGCCAGAUGGACGCAUACAGAAUGUCAUUUAUCAUGCCGAUGAUACGGGCUUUCAUGCGGAUGUGAGUUUCGAGAAUGGAAAGCAUUAA